AGGAAACCUUGGUUCGAGUCAGAGGAACGACCACAGUCCAAAAGCAUGGACGUUGAAGACAUCUUGGGCGAUUCGCUGGAAUUUCUGGGCGGUAAACCCGUGAUCGACGACGAGGUCAUCAGAUAUGGCCCUCUGGAGUUGACGAUCGCGCCAAAGUCUGGAAAAGCGAAUACACUGUUGGCUGACCAUCUGUUCUCGCCCUCGAUUUAUCUGGCCGAAAGGAUUGAACAAAGCCUUCUGGACGUUCGUGGAAAGAACGUCCUUGAACUUGGCGCUGGAGUAGCGUUGCCUUCCCUGCUCUUGUCGAUAUCCCCAAAUCCUCCUGCCUUGCUGGUCGUGACCGAUUAUCCAGAUGACAGCAUCCUCAAGAAUCUGGAGCAAAAUGUUCAACGAAACAAGCAUCUUGUCAACCCUGCCUGCAUGCUCAUGCACAAGGGUUAUGCGUGGGGUGAAGAUCCUACUCCUCUACUGUCAUUGUUACCCGAGCCUUCUCCAGGCUACGAUGCCCUGAUCUUAUCGGACCUCCUCCACUUCGACGGUUUCCAGGACAUCCUGAUAUCCUCGGUAGUCUCCCUCUUGAAAAGGUCGCCAGACUCCCGCAUCCAUGUCUCAGCCGGCUCCUACACCAAAACCGAAGUCAUCGAAUCUUUCCUCUCAAAAGUGAGAGCUGCUGGGUUCGAUAUCGACGAAGUUCGCACGGACAUGAGUGAAGGAUGGAAGGGAACGAUGACAGUCACACUCGACCGCGAGUCGCUGGCACUCCGCAAAUCUGUCUGUCGAUACUGGAUAGGUCGUUGGUCCGCCGGCUCAUUGCUGUAA